CUAGCGGUAGCCAUUUUAACUUUUGGCGUCGAAAAAACGGCGAGGAGGAAAUUGUGUCGCCUGGAAGAAAAGAGUCCUUUUCGUGUCGCAUUUAGCACAGCAAGCAAGCGGAGUCUCUGGAAGUGUACAGCAUAUAUAUUGGAGUGUGUGUUCCAAAAGAAGCUGAAGGAGUCGAAGUUCAGUUGAGUUAACUUUUCGUUACUAAAAUCUAAAGAAAAAACCCCAAGAGAAGACAAAAUGUCGAUGUCUGCCACGUGCUACAAGUGCAACCGGCCGGGCCACUUUGCCCGGGACUGCAGUCUCGGCGGCGGCGGUGGAGGUGGUGGCGGCGGUAUGCGUGGUGAUGGCGGCGGCAUGCGUCGCAAUCGCGAAAAGUGUUACAAAUGCAAUCAAUUUGGGCACUUUGCACGUGCCUGCCCCGAGGAGGCUGAGCGAUGCUAUCGCUGCAACGGCAUUGGCCACAUCUCGAAGGAUUGCACUCAGGCUGAUAAUCCCACUUGCUACAAGUGCAACAAGCCUGGUCAUUGGGUGCGCAACUGCCCAGAGGCUGUCAACGACCGUGGACCGGCCAAUGUGUCCUGCUACAAAUGUAAUCGUACUGGACACAUCUCCAAGAAUUGUCCGGAGACAUCGAAAACUUGCUAUGGCUGUGGCAAGAGUGGACAUCUAAGGCGUGAGUGCGAUGAGAAGGGCGGACGGAACUAGGAGAUUGCUACGAGGACGACCACCCAACUAAAGCAGAGAGGAGAAGAAAUUUAAACACUGGAAAAUCAAUCUAAACCCCCAAGCAGCACCCAAGUCAAGAUCAACCACCACACCACACUUUCACACACACACACACACAUAAACGCGCAUACAUGCUUAUACUCAUACAUAGACACACACACAUACAUACAUCUAAUCUCUGAUUCCAAAAGCUGAGCCUGCAGCGCGGUGCCAACUAAGAAGAAAAAAAGUACACUCUAGAAGAAAACCAAGAAGAAGAAGACUUAGAGGAGUAAGAAGAAGAAGGACGACGACGCAGCUGACGACACGAACAUGAUGAUGAUGAUGAAGAAAGAUGAUGAAACAACAAAAAACCAACAACAACAAAAACCACUUUUAAUUAUCGAUUAUAUACAUACAUAUAAUGCUGCAACAACAACAACAAAGUGUUUAAAUUUACUAUUUGAAGAAAAUAACAAGCAAGAGAAAGCAAAAAAAAUAAGAAAAACCUAUAUAAGAAUAUAUAAAACUACCUUAAAAAUGGAAAAAAAAUAAAAAAAAAAAUUACAAAAAAAAAAACGCAAAGAAGCAACACAACUCCAUCCAGCUGCUGCUACUGCUGCUGCCGGCGAACCCAAAACAAAGACCCAUUUUAAAACUCGCCCGGCAAGAUCUCGAGAACCUACGAAGAUGACCAAGACUAAACAAGAAGAAAAUGAAGCAUUUGAACUAUAAUGGAGAAAAGGGAAGACUCGGAAAAACAGAGAGAGAGAGAAGUGUGAGGCAGAGAGAUUAUAUAUAUAUAUAGAUAUAUAUAGGGGAGAAGGGGGCGCAGCAAACUAUCAACAUAACAGAAAUAAAAAGCAGAGAGAGAUUCGACGAC